AUGACCGCCGAGCUGCGCAGAAAGCUGGUCAUCGUCGGCGACGGUGCCUGCGGCAAGACCUGCCUGCUGAUCGUGUUCUCCAAGGGUACUUUCCCAGAGGUCUAUGUUCCUACCGUCUUCGAGAACUACGUCGCCGAUGUCGAGGUCGAUGGCAAGCAUGUCGAGCUGGCGCUGUGGGAUACCGCCGGUCAGGAGGACUACGACCGUCUGCGCCCUCUGUCCUACCCUGACUCGCACGUCAUCCUGAUCUGCUUCGCCAUCGACUCUCCUGAUUCGCUGGACAACGUCGGUGAGAAGUGGUGCUCUGAGGUCCACCAUUUUUGCCCUGACGUUCCCAAGCUCCUGGUUGGCUGCAAGAAGGACCUGCGCUUCGAUCCCAAGACCAUUGAGGAGCUCCGCAAGAUCAGCCAGCAGCCUGUUACCCCCGAACAAGGGCAAACCGUUGCCAACAACAUCAAGGCUACCAAGUACCUGGAGUGCUCGGCCAAGACCAACGAGGGUGUCCGCGAGGUGUUUGAGACUGCAACACGGGCUGCCUUGCUCAAGAAGACCGGGAAAAAGAAGAACAAGUGCGUGAUUGCUUAA